GCAAACCAGAGAUAGGGAAAAGGAUUUAAAUUAGUACAUGGAAAAUGAACUGUUGAGAGAAAGUUUGGCAGCAAAGAUGUGCAGCCUAAAGCUGUCAGUUCUCUUCAUUGCCCUUUCUGUCACUCUGAACCAUUUGGAAGCUACACCUCUUGAAAAUCACCACCUGGAGAAAAGGAAAUGCAACACUGCUACGUGUGUGACACAACGCUUGGCUGAUUUCUUGGUUCGUUCCAGCAACAACAUUGGAGCAAUUUAUUCACCUACAAACGUGGGCUCCAAUACAUACGGAAAGAGGGACACAGCUGGGCUUUUAAGCAGAGAACCCCAAAACAAUGCACAGCUUUAGGGUGUUAAAAUGACUACUGAUACAAUCUUCAUUAGGAACUUGGUUUUUAAUGUAUCAAUAACCUCUUGGUCAUUUAUUUCUUGUGCAGUCUUAACAGUGCCUUGUUUUUCUGUGUGUGUGUGGGAUUUAUGUUCAUCAUGUGCACUGACAUGCACAGGCUAUUGUUUCACCACCAUUCAGAACCCC